UCCAUGCUUCGGGAGAUCGCUGACCGUGUUACACAUUGAAAGCGGAAGUUGUUGGUAGUGCGCAGUGGAUGAAUGGGCUGGCUGACUGAACUUAGUGCGCUUCAUUAGUUCCCACAGAUACGCAUAGCGUUAUCUGCAAUACAGUAUGAACUGGAAAAGGAUUUAUUCACCUCAACUUUAAAUUCAUACACAUAAUUGCAUGUAAUAUUUCAGAAUCAAAUGCAUUCUGUUGGAUAUUCAGAUUUAUACUACAACUGAACCUAUUAAAAUCAAGAUACCUCAUCUAGUUGGAUGCACUGGCUGUAUUUGGGAAUCUGCUAAAUCAUCCUCACCAAGCUGUAGUCGUGGUUGUUAUGAUGCAGCAUUCACAUGGGUUGUGUCCAUGAUCCGUGGCUUCCUCGUCCUUCAUCAGUAGUGAUUUGAGCAUCAGCAGGUCAUCAUGAGAAUGAGACUGAAGCUGAAGACUGUGUUUGUCCUGUACUUCACUGUGUCACUACUAGGACUCAUCUAUGCGCUGAUGCAGCUGGGUCAGCGCUGUGACUGCAGAGGUCAUGACAUGUCUAAAGAUCAGCAGAUCUCUCAGCUGAGAGGAGAGCUGCAGAAGCUGCAGGAACACAUCAAAACAUCAGAGCUGGCGAAGAAGACUGAUGUGCCCAGAAUUUAUGUGAUAACACCCACUUAUGCAAGACUGGUGCAGAAGGCUGAGCUCACUCGCUUGUCCCACACCUUCCUCCAUGUUCCUCAUCUUCACUGGAUCAUGGUGGAGGACGCUCCUCAGCCAACUCUGCUCGUCACAGAUUUCCUGGCUGCAUCUGGCUUGACCUACACCCAUCUCCACCAGCUGACCCCCAAAGACAGGAAGCUGCAGGAGGGUGAUCCCAGCUGGCUGAAGCCCCGGGGGGCUGAGCAGAGGAACGAGGGUCUGCGCUGGCUCAGGGAGAUGGGUGCUGCUGCUGAGGGAAAGGAAGCGGCUGCACUUGAGGAGGCUGUGGUGUACUUUGCUGAUGAUGACAAUACAUAUAGUCUGCAGCUUUUUGAAGAGAUGCGGUACACAUACCGUGUUUCUGUGUGGCCUGUGGGUCUGGUGGGCGGGAUGAAGUUUGAGCGGCCCGUGGUGGAGGAUGGGAAGGUUGUGCGUUUCCACACUGGCUGGCGUCCCAACCGCCCGUUCCCCAUGGACAUGGCUGGUUUUGCAGUGUCCCUGAGGUUUAUACUGACCACACCCCAAGCACGAUUUGACGGUGAUGCUCAGAUGGGCUUCCUGGAAAGUAGCUUCCUUCAGCACCUGGUUACUAUGGAUGACCUUGAACCCAAAGCAGACCUGUGCACCAAGGUGCUGGUGUGGCACACCCGAACUGAGAAGCCAAAGAUGAAAAGGGAAGACGCUUUGCAGAAGCAAGGGUUGGGUUCAGAUCCGGAUGUGGAGGUGUGAGCACCACCCCCUCAGAACAUGCCUGAACUUCACCAAACAUCCACACUUCCAUUGGCAAAACAGAUUCUCUCAUUUAUAUGGCAAGAGGUGGAUUUUUAAUGUACAAACAACACCCUGAAAGUGUGAUUUCUGGGCCAUAUACCAAAGACAUAAGGAAUGAGGAAAGGAAUUGAUGAAAGAAGAGAUAAAAAAAAUUGCAAGAGACAGAAGUAAAGGAUCCUGCAGCAUAAAACAAAUGGAUUUCUAUAAUUCAUCAUGCGUCCCAUAAACCAUCCUUAUGAUUGGUACACUUGAAUAGUAUUUAAAGAGAAUUUUACAUAUGGUAUCAGUCAGUAAGUUGUAUUCAUAGAUAUAUAUUUAUAUGUAUAUAUAUAGAUUAGAAAUGUAGUUGUUUAGGUUUGCUUUAUAACCCAUUAUGUCUGCUGUCCCAUGUCUCUGUUACCUUCAUUCUGGUGUACUUGUCUUAUGUCUUCACAUAAAGUCUUACAGUCUAAGACAGUUAGUUGUGUUUUGUUUGUUUUUUCACUGAUACAUAGAGGAAAU